AUGGCUCUCGCGCUGCUGGGCAGCCACUCCCCUCCGCCGUGCUCACGGAGCAACUCGGUACAUAUCGUGGGGAAAACAAGCUGGGCAACAUCAAUCCCGAACCCUUCGGCCCGCAGACUGAACCGAACCGACGGCGACAUUGGUCUUGACGACCUGGACCUCUUCCGUAACGACGUGGACGAAGCUUGGAAGACAUUGGAUAACAUUGCCGCCUUGGGUCUGACUUUGGAGAAUGACGAGGAAGAUACCAGCCGUCCUGAAGACCUUCCGAGGUUCUCACUCGACGACUACGACCAUGGUAGCGGUAAGGGAGAGGAGACCCCAUCACCUUUGGCCAAACCGUUCCACAAAUGGAUGAGGAAUUUGCACAGACGAGCACACCGGCCUAGGAUUCGACAUACACACAGUCUCAAUGAGCCUUUUCCGGAGUACUCGUUCGACGUCGCAUCCGUAAACCAUGAUGGCCACAGAAAGUCGUCUUCAGGCUCCUCUUUUGGAUUCGUCACUGCUGUCAGAAGCGCAACUGUCAGUCUUGCAAGUGCUAGCGUUAUUACGCGACCACGAAGACAUACCGCAAGAUCGUCUUUCCACGCCAAGACAGACCACAGCAGUCGGGGAUCCAUGUCUGCCCCGAGGUUUUCGGAAGACAGCAUGUGCUUCGAGCGAGCCUCGAUAGCAGACUCAGGGGUGACAGAGCGCCUGUUGCAGCGACGCCGUAUACUCGAGGAGCUCAUCAACACCGAGGAGAGCUAUAUUGGGGAUAUCAAGUUUCUCAUGAACGUCUAUGUCACGAUAUUGGCUUCUUUGCCGACACCGCACCACGGCCUCCGGUCAUCCAUCAAUAGAAACCUGACAGAUAUUGUCGAGCUUCAUGAGGAGAUACUUGGCGAGCUUCACCGAGUGGUGCCGAAUUCAGAAUAUACACAACCUGAGCGCAUUCCAGCCACCCCGAACCCACCACCGAGCAGAGGACAUCACCGCUGGCGUAGCUUGAACUCUGUUCCGGAAGACAAGGGAGGAAGCUCAUGGCUGCAGAAUGUUCCUAGUGUGAUUGCUGAGCCGGCUGUCGCAGCUGAGGUUGCCCACAUCUUUGGCAAGAGGAUGAACCGCUUCUUCGUUUACGAAGAAUAUGGCGCAAAAUACGAGAUGAUGAUCAAGGACGUAGCGGCUACUCAUCGGACUCUGCCGCAGUGGGAGACGUAUCAAAAGGGGCUCGAAGCAUUGGCUGCCUCUCUUGGCGCAGUCAACUAUCAUCUAGAUCAUUCGAAAAAGUCGCUCACUAUUGGUGAUCUCUUGGUCAAGGUCGGUCUACUCGCUUACUAUGACUUGAGACUGCCCGCUGAUGAAAAGAAGCCGAUUCAAAGAAUCUGCAGAUACCCCCUCCUCUUUGCCGAGCUUCUCAAGUACACCCCUGUUUGUGAUUGCCCCAAUUCGCACAUGGAGAUUGACAAUGUUCUUAUCCGACUUCGCGAGGCUACGGCCGAGAUCAACCGAGCCACAGACGAUCCUGGGAUGAAGGUCACGCUGGAGCAGACUUGGAUGCUCCAAGACCGACUGGUCUUUCCCGGCCAGAGGCUCGACGCUGCGUCCAAAACGGCAAUUCGCUCCUUCGGGCAAGUACGUCUCUGCGGUGCGCUACAUGUCUGCUGGCAGACCAGAGAGGGUGUGAACGGUCAUUACAUGGUCUCGCUGCUUUACAAGGACUGUCUAUGCCUCGCCACUGCCGGAAAAGUAGAUCAGAUCUACACUAUUCAGGCUUGCAUUGGUUUGGACAGCAUCAGGGUCGAAGAAGUCGACAAUGGCCGAGGGUUGCAAUGCCACACGGCCCCUUUCUCCUGGAAACUCGUUUUCGAAUGUGAUCAUCAGCUUUAUGAGGUGAUCAUGACGGCCUGCUCACCGAAGGAGGAGCUGGAAUGGCGUGCUCGUCUUUCACGACCAGAUGCAUGCGAGCGUUACGCCCAGGCGGAAUCCGACUUUUAUAGCUCCAUUUCCCUCAACAUCAAGAGCCUUGGUACGGUGUUCGGGAAACCAGGCACCAUCGCUCGUCGCCUCUCUAUUCACAGGGCGACCACAAUUGGGCCGAAGUCUCCCUUAUGCCAAGUCAUACUGAAAAACACAACUACCAUGAAGGACCCGUCGUCGGCGAACCCUACAUCGCCAAUCAACCGGUCGCAAUCACUCUUGACAACCAAUGCUCGGAUCCCAGUCCUCGCUCCUUCGCGAGCGGACCGAGCUCGCCUAGAGGCAUUGUUGGGCGAUGUAUGGAGUCGCAAGGUCCUGCCUUUCCCUGGUAUAACAGCCCGGUCGAGAAGCGAGCAUCUUGUGCGCAGCUCGGCAUCGACCAUGAUGCGUAAGCUGAGCGUCGCAAGCAUCACCAACUCGUUCGCAAAGCGCUCGGUAAGCACGGCCAGUCUGCAGCGGGCGAACGACGACGAACUGCCGCAUGUGCAUGACUUUGCGGAUUCGCGUGUCAAGACGAAUCGCGAAAUGUCGACACCUUCUUUGAGUGGAGCCGACUCGGUGGAUGAAAGCCAGCAGCGGAGGCUGCCUAUGAUUCGGGACGCGACGGAGAGAAGCAGCAGUGCGAGCGCGAGCUGCCUCGUACGCAGCGGCAAUAGGUCAUCAAGCACAGUCGUCAGACUGAACUCGUCUAAGCUAGAUGCAGAUGGAGGCGAGGAUGGCAGGUUCAGCACGCCAGCCUUACGAACGACAUCUGCAAACAGCGUCCGGCAGCCCCGUCAGACGCCUCCAUCGCCCAAGUCAUCGUCUCCUUGCUCUACGGAGAGAAGUACAGUGUAUGCGAGACCGGAGAACACGAACUCGGUACAGGAGAGCUUGAACAACGCAAGAUGCAACAGCAAACGGUCCAGAGUGAGCGCCAUCAACCGAGGGUUGAAGGCUUCGGGCAUCAGGAGUCUGUUUCGUUGA